AUGGCUACCGACGCUGCUGCGCCGAAGAUGGGCGUCAUGCGCCAAUUACGCGAGAACCCGUAUAUCCUGGGUCUUUCGACAUUUGCAUCCCUCGGUGGCUUUCUCUUCAGUUAUGACCAAGGCGUCGUCUCAGGCGUUCUGACAAUGGAAUCCUUCGCCGCUGACUUCCCGCGCAUCUAUCUUGACAGUUCGUUCAAGGGCUGGUUCGUCUCAACACUUUUACUACUCGCCUGGUUCGGCUCCUUGAUCAACGGACCGCUUGCCGAUCGGUUUGGGAGAAAGGGCUCCAUUCUCAUGGCUGUUGUCGUGUUUAUUAUCGGGUCGUCGUUCCAGGCUGGUGCUAGCUCUAUCUCGAUGUUGUUUGCUGGCCGUGCUGUAGCUGGACUAGCAGUCGGUAUGCUAACCAUGAUUGUUCCCAUGUACAUGUCCGAGGUUUCCACUGCCGGAAUCCGCGGCACACUGGUUGUACUCCAGCAAUUGAGCAUCACCCUCGGGAUCCUAGUAAGCUAUUGGCUCGAAUACGGAACACAAUAUAUAGGCGGCACCCGGUGCGCCCCGGACAUCCCUUACACAGGAGGAACUUCAAGUAAUCCCAAAUUUGACCCAAGAACCGACGUUGGACCCCACGGAUGCACAGGGCAAUCCCAAGCCGCCUGGCGCGUCCCCUUCUCUUUGCAGAUCGCCCCAGCUCUCAUCCUCGGCAUAGGCAUGAUCUUCUUCCCCGAAUCGCCACGAUUCUUCCUCAUGCGCAAUAAAGAAGACAAAGCCCUCCGCGCACUCGCAAAGCUACGACGCGUCCAUCCCGAUAGCGAGACCCUCCGAGAGGAAUACCUGUCCAUUAAGGCUGAAGUCCUGUUCGAUGAGUCCGUAUCCCGUGACAAAUUUCCUGGAAAGACGGGCUUCUCGCUCUGGUGCUCGCAGUAUGCCUCCCUGCAGUUCAUGGGCUGUAACGCCAUCAUCUACUACGCGCCCACUAUGUUCGCGCAGCUGGGCUUAUCGGGAAAGACGUCGGGUCUCCUCGCCACGGGGGUGUACGGAAUCGUUAACACACUGUCGACCCUACCCGCGCUCUUCCUCAUCGACCGAGUGGGCCGACGACCUCUCCUCAUGUGCGGCGCAGCGGGGACCUUUGUCUCUCUCGUCAUCGUAGGCGGUAUUGUAGGCGGCUACGGCUCUUCGCUGACAUCCCAUGCGUCGGCGGGCUGGGCCGGCAUCGCCUUCGUGUACAUCUACGACAUCAACUUCUCGUACUCGUUCGCGCCCAUCGGCUGGGUCUUGCCAUCUGAGAUCUUCAACCUGGGCAACCGGUCCAAGGCCAUGGCUAUCACGACGAGCACCACAUGGAUGUGCAAUUUUAUCAUUGGUCUCGUUACCCCGGAUAUGCUUGAAAAGAUCGGCUGGGGCACGUACAUCUUCUUCGCCGCAUUUUGUCUCAUGGCGCUAUUGUUUACCUUCUUCUUCGUGCCUGAGACGAGGGGCAAGACUUUGGAGGACAUGGACGAGGUGUUUGGGGAUACGGUGGCCCAGGAGGAGAAGUUGAGGUUGUUCAAUAUUGCGGCUUCAAUGGGCCUUACCGAGGCACUGCCAAUCGAGAAGGUUGAUCAUGCCAGAGGUGUCAGCGCUGAGGCUGUGGAAGAGGUUUAG